AUGCCGCAUCAUGUUCUAACCAAGAAAUCAAAACAGUACUGCAGCAAAGAAUGUCAAAAAGAACAUUGGCCCUCGCACAAGGAGGAUUGUAAUCACAGUCUGGCACAGGAUUCAUGGAAGCCAGAUUGGCAUACAGAAGGGCGAGAGCCAACUUUCUUCACAGAAGACCCAUCUGAGCCGAACACGAAUGAGGGCAAAAUAUCAUGGUGGGGAACUAUGCCAGCAUUGGAUUUGCUGAAACUGGAUAGAAAUGAAGGCCAGGAUGUGCCCCCCAAGAUCCGUAUUCUUAUUGCAUCGUCACACGAUAUUCGAAACAUGAUCGAAACAAUCGCUCGCCUGCCAGAUACGUAUUCGGGGCAAUGUGAGAUCCUGAUGAAUGGAAUACACACCGGGAUUUUCGCUCAGAAUAUCAUCCUUCUGUUGACAGCUUUCCAUUUUCGACCGGAGGAAGCUGCGCCUAUGAUGAUCCACUUGUGGUAUUCGGCUUUGAUUCCCGCGUCUGUUCUCGCAGCACUUCAAGCAAAGCUCCAGCCGUCGAUCCGGAAAGUCUGCUCCGAGGCUGCACAGAAACGUGCCCUUCAGUAUUUCAAAUGGAUUUGGAAGAAGAACAAAUCAUCUUUACAUGUGGAGCUUUCGAGAGAUGAUUGGGAACGUCUCCGAGAAUCUCUUCAGGUUCCUGGUCGUCUUUCUGCUGCCACGGCUGCCCGUAAUCGACAGAAGGUCACAUUGCCGACAAACAGCGAGGACCUCCUCCAUAGGUCUCUCCAUGGACAGCCUCCAUAUUGGCGUGUCGCCACGUUGAAGUUCCGCCGUGAUGGCAUAUUGUUGCCGUUUGGGUGCUCACGCAAAGAUUUUGACACUCCUAACCCGACAAUUUUCUCUGCUAGCCAUUCUUGGCCCAUGCCAGACAAUGCAGAUCCGCGCACUAGUUGGAACCUUUUGGAGAUAUGCGAUGGACCGCACGCUGCGGGUUAUGCUGCGAAGAAUGAUCUGUACGGCAUGAUUUUCAUCCAUCUCCGAGAGACUAUCUUGGAGUUCUGUCGCCAAAUUUCGAAGCGAGAUAUUAGCAUUCGGCUUCUUUCUAUCGAUUCACUUGAACUACCGAAAUAUUUCAACGAGUCGAGCGGACAUCCAGGAUUUGAUCGAAUUGAGUCAUACGUAACUGCAGAGAAAGAUGUGCUUGGGAUUGAUCUCAACCUCGCCAUAUUUAGCCAGCUACUGAAGCCGAAGACUCAAAACCCAAAGGCCAUGCUGCUUGUCCUCUUUAUGCGCGACAUUGAAAACAUGUGGAAUUUUGACUCACUUGGCAGGGACAUGGCUCGUGCUGCAAAAUACCUCCCCGAACCCGAGUCGUCGCACAGAGACGAUGCAGACGAGAUGAGACUCAGGCGAUCGAGCUCUUUUUUCCGAGAUGUCAGUAAAUUGUUCGAUCUUUACAAAAAGGCAACAGGGUUUAAUGGACUCACCAGCAAGUACGGGCUGAAGAUGAGGGGCAACAACACAAUCGUGGCCCACUGGCCAAUGCGACCCGGAAAACAUGCUCUCCAGCGUGUGUUUGACAUCCUUGAGGCAUCCGGCGCCAGUGGUUGUGAGCGCUAUGUCGAGUGGGAAUGGGCAUAA